AUGCCCGAUCAGCAGAGAGAUGGCCGCUGUGAAACGACUCUCCUCUCAAGCGAGGGUGGUUUGCCCGAAUCCGAAGAAGCAGGGGGGUUCACAAGGCAACUAUUUGGGCUACCGCUAAGCAAUGCAAGGCCUACGCCUGCUCCCGCAAAUCCUCAGGUCGUUCAGAAGCCUGUAUCACGUGUGGAAAGGGAUAACCCGAGGGAGUUUCAAAUCAAUCAGAUCCGCCGUAGGUUCGACCCGGCGGAGCGCCAUGACGCCUGUGGCACUCAUCUGACGUUCAGUAUGAAACCAUCAGACCCGGACUUUUUUUAUGAUAUUAUGGGGCUAGACUUCAUUCUAGGCGUUCCCGCAACAUAUCCAGCCUAUGGAGAACCUACUUUGGAAGUAAUAAACGGGGAUCUGGACACGAGUAGAAGAAGGCUUGUGGAACAAAAAUUCAAGCAAUUGUCUAUGGACUUCAAGUCUGGUAACCUAUUAAGUUGGAUGAACGCCCUAGACAGGCAUCUUGCAAAUCUUCUUUCUGAUACUUCUGCUCCGGGGACAUCUGAUCCCCCAAGCCAAAAGGGGUUGAAAGUCUCCUCUUCCACUUGCGAUCAUAGUAUCCCCUCUGGCAAGAGUACCCGGAAACAGAAAGCGGUGGCUAUAGUCUCAACGGUAGGAGACCCUCAAAGAAGGACAAAAGAAAUUGGACAGCUGAAGUCUCGUCUGGGUAAACAUCCCUCAUUUUUGGCUCAUUCAGAUGGAGCCAAAUUUACAAUUGGUAUUAAACCAUUUCAACAAAGACUAUUGCCGACCGCUCUUCAGAGUCUAAAAGCAAUAACCUUGAUUGUGCCAUCAAAUUACCCAGGUGAGCCGUGCCAAAUCGCGAUCCCUGAAAUUGUGGAUAAUUCUGCCCGGUUUACAGAACAGGCAUUCUAUCAGCAUUCUAUGGAUAACCCAGGGGUCAGCCUGAUAGCCCAUAUUAACUACCUCGCUGCAAUGAUGCACAAAAUGGCAUAUCGACAAUCAGAUGUGCCAGACGCAGAUCUCCAUACGGACUUGGAGACAAUAUCCCGAGAAGAAGUGUCCCCUGUCAGGCGUGCAUCACCUCCACCGCCACCCGAAGAGCCUCGAUUAACAGCCGUUCAUACAGAGGCCGACGAUCUGGAAGAUCGAUCUCAUAUUCAAGUUAUCCCCAGACCUCCUGAGUGGGAGACCCCUGAUGAUGGCGACAGCGCAGCAAGCGAUGAAGAACCCAUUACAGACCCACCUGCCCAUGAUGUGGGUGGCCGUAAGGUGCUAAUAUUAUGUCCAGCACUCGAGCUGCAAGGGAUAGAGCUUCUCGAGCUAAAAAACUUGUCCCUGACCCUUAGAUGCGCUCGAUGCAAGGAGUUGCAAGACAUGAAAAAUAUCAACGUCGGGGAUGAAGGCUAUAGCAUACCUCGUAACGUGGUUAAAAGCUGCCAGAAGUGUUCAAAUCGUCUCAGUGCAGGUAAGCAAAAGCUAAACAAAUUACGUUGA